AGUUGCGGCGGAGCGGUGCUUGAGCGCCCCGUCCCCUCGGGAGGAGACCCCCCCCUGCUGCCAGGGGGUCCUGCCGGCUGGCGUGUGCACCUGCCGUGAAAGAAGUGCCCGAGGAAGGGGGUUGGUCAUCUCAGUGAGCGCCGUCUGGAAACUCCUGCCGUGCUUCAUCUAAAGUCACCGCUUCGAAUGUUACGCUGACUUCUUCAGAGAAGACUUUGACGUGAAAGCCUACACUUCCCAGUCUAUCCAUCAGGCUGUGAUAGCUGAGCAGCUGGCAAAACUUGCCCAGGGAAUUAGUCAGUUGGAUAAAGAGCUUCAUUUACAAGUUGUUGCAAGACAUGAAGACCUGUUGGCCCAAGCAACUGGAAUUGAAUCCUUGGAAGGUGUCCUCCAAAUGAUGCAGACUAGAAUUGGUGCUUUACAAAGUACUGUUGACAGAAUUAGAGUAAAAAUUGUUGACCCCUACAACAAAAUAGUGUCGCGUACAGCUCAGCUAGCAAAACUUCAAGCUGCCUGUGACUUGCUGCGGAGGAUAAUACGCAUCUUGUAUCUCAGUAAGAGGCUUCAAGGACAACUGCAAGGAGGAAGCAGAGAGAUAACAAAAGCUGCCCAGAGUCUCAAUGAACUUGAUUACCUUUCUCAAGGGAUAGAUCUCUCUGGAAUAGAAGUAAUUGAAAAUGACCUGCUUUUUAUUGCAAGAGCUCGGCUUGAGGUGGAAAAUCAGGCUAAAAGGUUGCUUGAGCAAGGUGUGGAGACUCAGAAUCCGACUCAAGUGGGAACUGCUCUUCAGGUUUUCCAUAAUCUUGGGACUUUGAAGGAUACCAUUGCUAAUGUCGUAGAUGGAUACUGCACAGUCCUGGAGGAGAACAUUAAAAAUGCUUUGGAUAUCAAAGUAUUGACCCAACCAUCUCAAACUGCUACAAGAGGUGGCCCUGGUAGAGCUGCUAUGCCAACACCUGGGAACACAGCUGCUUUUCGAGCUGCCCUCUGGACAAACAUGGAGAAGCUCAUGGAUCAGAUCUGUGCAGCUUGUGGACAGGUGCAACAUUUGCAGAAAGUAUUAACAAAGAAAAGGGAUCCUGUGUCACAUGUCUGCUUCAUAGAGGAAAUAGUUAAGGAUGGCCAAUCUGAUAUUUUGUACAAGUUUUGGACUGCAGUAACUCAGACACUCUCCUCUCAGUUCCAGUCAGCAACAGACUCCUCUAUGUUUUUGAAACAAGCUUUUGAAGGGGAAUACCCUAAAUUACUGCGGCUCUAUAAUGACCUGUGGAAGCGCCUGCAACAAUAUAGUAAAAAUAUUCAGAGGAAUUUUAACACAAGUGGACCUACUGAUCUCCUUGCUGAACUACAACAAAUGGAAGAAGAUACACAGAACAUAUUCAUGCAAAAAACCCAAGAUUAUGAUCCAGAAAAGGCCUUGAAAGAUUCAUUGCAACAAUAUGAAGCUGCCUAUUUGUCAAAAUCCUUAUCACGACUCUUUGACCCCAUCAAUCUUGUCUUCCCUCCUGGAGGUCGGAAUCCUCCUUCUUCUGACGAGCUUGACAGCAUCAUCAAAACUAUAGCCAGUGAGCUCAAUGUGGCUGCUGUUGAUCCAGACCUGAGUUUAGCUGUGGCAAAAAAUGUGGCAAAGACCAUUCAGCUCUACAGUGUAAAGUCUGAACAGCUUCUAUCUACUCAAGGAGAUGCCAGCCAGGUGAUUGGGCCGCUCACCGAGGGACAGCGAAGGAACGUGGCUGUGGUUAAUUCACUCUACAAACUGCACCAGUCAGUUCUGAAGGUCAUUACCAGUCAGAGCUCAUUUCCAGCAGCUGCUGAGCAAACAGUUGCAACUGCCUUAAAGGCAGUCCAUGAUCUAAUGGGUAGUGCUGUUCAACCGCUACUGAACUCUGUCGGAGAUUCAGUCGAAGCUAUUAUCAUCACUAUGCACCAGGAAGAUUUUUCUGGAUCAUUAUCCAGCUCAGGAAAACCAGAUGUCCCAUGUUCUCUGUACAUGAAAGAACUACAGGGUUUUAUAGCAAGAGUCAUGAGCGAUUACUUCAGACAUUUUGAGUGUUUUGACUUUGUCUUUGAUAACACUGAAGCCAUGGCUCAGAGAGCAAUUGAACUCUUCAUUCGCAAUGCCAGCCUCAUAAGGCCCCUCGGUGAAGGCGGGAAGAUGCGGCUCGCAGCGGAUUUUGCACAGAUGGAGUUAGCAGUAGCACCGCUGUGUCGCCGAGUCUCUGACCUGGGAAAACCUUACAGGCAGCUGAGGUCAUUCAGACCACUGCUGUUCCAGACCAGUGAGCAUAUUGCCAGUAGCCCAGCUCUGGGAGAGGUUAUUCCAUUCAGCAUUAUUCUUCAGUUCUUGUUUACAAGAGCACCACCAGAGUUAAAAUCACCCUUCCAGAGGGCUGAGUGGUCCAUUGCCCGCUACUCCCAGUGGCUCGAUGAUCAUCCAUCUGAAAAAGACAGGCUUGCCCUCAUACGGGGUGCCCUGGAAGCCUAUGUUCAAUCAGUAAGAACAAGAGAGGGAAAGGAGUUUGCACCCGUGUAUCCCAUCAUGGUUCAGCUGCUGCAGAAAGCCAUGUCAACCCUUCAGUGAACGCACCUGGACAACUCAGAACAGGGAACGGAAAGUAACAGUCAUGGGUCUUUGGUGCCACCUGUGUACUUAUGGUUCAUGUAAAUUAUUCCCAAAUACAUAAGCUUUAUAGUGAACUGUGCUUACCUACUUUCUCUGUGAAACUUCUGUCAUCUUGCUUUACGUUUGCAUAAUAAGAACUUAUUUAUACACAAAUAUUAUAAGGAAAUAGUACAUUUUUAUGUGCUGCAAUUCUACAUUCUAACAAAACAGUCAUUCUUUAGCACUCCUUCUGACUUUAGAAAGGCAUAAAAUUAGAAAAUAUUCAGCAACUACAAUGGAAUAUCUGAGUAUCUCCAAUAAGGCAGUAGCUCUUUUCCUACAAGUACAGUUUGAAACAGUUGGGAUACAUUUUAGCCUUAUUCAGAAAAAUGUACUUUUGAAAUGCUGGACUUAACAAUUUCCAUCUAAAAAUCACUAAUUUUAACACAAGGAAAAAUAUUUAUAAAUAACAUAAGUGAUCCUCUACUGCACUGCUAUUCACUUUGAAAUAAUUUAUGUUGAUUUCAACUCUUUUUGCUUAAACUGUAAUAAAGAAGAUUGACUAUCCA